ACGGAUGAUCUCUAGUAAAACAAUCAUCAACAACACUAGAAUAACUGUUGUCCCUGAUUACUUAACUUAGAACAACUUAUCUGAAAUAAACACGUAAUAAUUAUUAUUCUCAGUCAUCAGAUAAAAGAGAAAAGAAAACCUUUAACGCAUUCACUCAUAUAAAUUAACAGAAACAUAUAUUGAACGAUGGCUGUAACAGGAAAAUCGACGAAAGGCGAUGGAAAAUCAAACCGCUUUCGACCAUUUAACAAACGUGGUUCAGUUCCACAACCUCCAAUGCCUUUUUUUCCUCCACCUCCGUGGCAUGCUCGUCAACCAAAAUCUUCAGAUGAUAGACAUGUUAUGGCUAAACAUGCCAGUUUAUACCCUGCUGAAUUGCCGGCUUUUCAGAAAAUGGUUAUUGCUUGUGAGAAAGCUCUUAAAUUAGUAUCAGAUAAACUCUCUACAAAUGCAGUAUCACCGUCUACAGAUAGUGAAACUCCCAAGGAGGAAGAAGACAAGCAGUCGACUACGGAGUCUGUAGAGGCGGACACUAAGGUAAACAAACCGAACAGUAACGUUUCAAAACAGAAUAACAAUCAAGAUGAUGUUUACCGUUCAUUGAGAGGUGUCCAACGAGUUGGUGUGUUUGGUCACGGGCUUUUGUUACAAACUGAUACUUGUGUCGAACUAGUAGCGUUAUCUGCAGAAAAGCCCACCGAGACUUUGCUCAAUCAAAUAUACGAAUGCUUUCCUUCUCAAUUAGCUCUUGUCACAGAUGAAAAAUACGAUAUGGAAAUAAAUGUGGCGCAAGCGGCUGUAAUAGUUAUUCGAGUAAAAGAGCCAAAGAUAAGUUGUAAAAUUUCUUUGACAUCUCCGAUUAUGAGGGAGAAUAUGGACACGCCGGUUGUCUCUGGAGGUGACGAGGACCAGCAGGAAGCAAAUAAUAAUGACUGUAAAACAGGAGAAGGAUCUGACCAGGCCCUUGAAGAUAGUGAUGCUCAGGGGACUUUCGAAGAAAGUAGUAACAAAGUAGAAAAUGAAACUGCGGCAUUGAACACUCAUUCUGAUAUGCACACCGAGGAAGCUGAUCCACCAGAUGUCUUGAAUAAAGGAAUUUGUUUAAACGCGUUAGCUGAAUUAAGGCGUGCCAAAUGGUUCCAGGCUCGGGCGCGCGGAUUACCUAACUGUUUGGUAGUAUUACGGAUUCUACGCGAUUUAUCUCAAAGAAUUCCACUUUGGUCUAAUUUGAAUCUGUGGGCGAUGGAACUGUUGGUAGAGAAAUGUUUAGGCAGUGUCAGAGCUGUCCUUGGGCCUGGCAACGCACUUCGUAGAGUUUUUGAGUGUCUAGCUGCAGGAAUAAUAUUACCAUCGUGUCAAGGUCUGUAUGACCCUUGUGAAAGAGAACCUUCUGACCCUAUCAGCGAAAUGACUGCCCAGGAUCGAGAGGACAUUACCGCUGCUGCUCAACACAUGCUUAGACUUAUAGCUUUUAGAAGAAUCCGCAAAGUACUUGACAUGGAACCCUUGCCGCCGCCGCAUAGGAAAUUUAAGCAAAGGAAGCGAAAACGUGUCGGAGAAGGAGCUGAAGGAGAUGCUGUUGAGAAAAGGGACAAACAAUGUGAUGAUGUGGAUGACGAACUUGUUGAAGAUGUUGAAGACUGUGACAUUGAGCCUUCUGAUGCCUAAAAAGAAAGCUCUCAAAAUUCUUUCGUUUAAUCUCCACACACACAUGCACACACACACACACACUCUCUCUCUCUCUUCUCACCCUCUCUGUAUUUCAGCCCUUCCUUAUGCAUUUCUUCACAAACCUCUUCCAUUAAAAAUUAUAUAUUUCAUAUUUUGAUAGUUUUGAAGCUAUCUGUUAUUCAGUUUUGACAAACCACCAGUAAUCACCCCGACUUUAAUCACUAUAUUUACAACAAUGUAAUGAUUAUUUCCUCUUUAAUGAAGCGAGAUGUGUUUGAAUUGAAGUUGCUAUAGAUGCAAGAAAAAUUUUAAUUCCAGUUUGGAAGCUGUUCUGAGUUUAAAAUGAAACUAGUUGUUUUUAAACAUUAUCAUGCAAAGAGCAUUGUUUUAUUAAGGACCAAACAGCUCUAAAAUGUUUAAUAUAUAUAUAUCUUGACACUGACUUAUUUCUAAGGGCGAUGUUAAAAUUCUGUUGUCACAAUAAUGAAAAAUUCUUCCUGCUUUUUUUUUAUUUUUCAAUAAUUAAGGAAGUUUUCUUGAUCGUGAUUUUUAAAGCUGAAAAUAUAUGUUAGAAUAAUCUGACCUCUACAAAUUUCAUUGAUUUUGAUUUUUAUCACCCCCUUCCAAAUUAUUUUCACUUGAUAAUUAAGAUAAUUUUUGAAGUUCCAUUGUAAAUUCUAUCUAAUUGAUGUCUUUAUGUGCGUUUAUAAAUAUAUAUAUAAUAUAUAUAUAUAUAUAUAAUCUGGGCUAUACUAAGGCAUCUUAAAGUUAAGAACAUGUCAUUAAUCUUAUAACACCUGAAUUCUUCAUAUCUCUGGUACUUCAUUUUAAUUAUGAUUUUUAUUGGUUUUCAACUCAAGAGCAAUGAUUCUUUUUUUUUAUGCUAAUGGCUAUGUUGCAUAAUUGCAGUGUUUUCUUUAUUUUUUUGUUACAGAACAUGUUGAAUAAGUGUAAUGCUUCUAUGCUCCUGGGUGGAUUAUAUAUGUUCAGGUUUUAAAUGAAUUACACUUCAGAGGGAAACUGAUGGUACCCCAACAUGGUCAAAGCUUCAAUAGUUUAAGUCUGCUUAAAAAAGUUUUUUAAUUCUUUUUUUAUCACACUUGCUUUUACUAUGGUAUUUUUUUAAAAUCUUUAUCUAAUCUAUACUGUCAAGGAUUUCAAAUUUACCAUUCCAACUAUGUCGUCACUAAAUUUCUCUGCAUCUGCAUACACACACACACAUGCACUCAUACAGUGUUGAAAUUAUCGAAAUUAUUCUGAUAGGAUGGGUAUCUAUUUGUACAAAAUGAGGACUAUUAUUCCUUCUAGACAGAGAAGCAAUCUUCACUCUGACUUACAAACAUUUAUGUGGCCUGUAUACAGCUCAUAUUUGUUGCAUUCCCUUGUAUUAUAAUUACUGAAAGUUGUUGGCGACAGAUUAAAGGUUCCCAAAUGACAUUUGUUUCAACAAGUCAUUUGCAGAUUUCAUCAAGUGUUGCAUGGUUGUACCGUAUGUACAGAUGCUCUUGAAUGCUUUGGGUUGCAUUCUCCUGUAUGUAUUGCAGUACUACAUGCAUAAAUCAAUGUGGAAUAAUGAAUUUGUCCUCCACACUCCACAGUGGCAUCUCAUACAAGAUUCCAGUCUUUUCAUGCAUGCUAGUUAAAUCGUCUGGUCUUUUCUGAUAUGACUGAUGCAGCCAUACAGACUCCAAUAUACUUAGAAUGCUGCACUUUUGAAUGGCUUAGUCAAGUAUUGCAUUGAUCUCAGUAUGUCUGGCAUGAUGUACCAUGUUAUACUUACUAGACAGGCCAUGAAGACACCUUUUCCCCCGGCAUCCAUUUGUUAGUUGACAUGUGAGCUCCAGUGAAUGAUACAAUAGUAAUAUGAAGCUGUUCUAAAGAUAACUGAGUUCCUUGAUGGGAAAUAGUUAAAGCUCCAAACUAGACAGCUGAAUAAACACCCUUCGGUUACAAGUGACUUCAUUCAAGCUGGUCACAUAUCUAUCAAAUUUCCACCGGUUUCUUGCUAGGUAUAUCAUUCCCAUUCUCAUUAUCUUCAUAUCUUAAGACUUGAUGCUAUGCUCACCACUACAGGUGACCAAUGUAAUCUCCAAACCUGGUAAUGAGAGAAUAUUGACUGAGAAAGAGGACGAGAGUUCUUCCAACCCAGCCAACAGAGUUUGUUUGUAAAGUGAAGAGGGAAAAAUAAGCAAGAGACCUUACGCCUAAGUCACCGUGGUUUAUAUUCCAAGCUGGCUUGGAGUAUAUUAUUCACAGAGGAAUCCACAAUGAUAAUAUCAUAGGGAUUUUCAAUGAUUAUUUCAUUUAUGUUUUGUAAUCUAGUCAAUAAAUAACAUGGGAAAAUCAUAAUGUAUACAUUAGUUACAGUAAAUAUAAUGAAUGCUUGGUGUGGCUCAGUUUUAUUGAAGCAUCCUAACAUUAGUGACAGCUUAGCAAAUUUGCUUCUCAAGGUUAUGUUAGGUACUUUCUGGUGUUAUGGGUGACCUGAGAAUUACUUGUUUUUCUUUCAUUCUCUCUAUGAUUGAAUGAACUAAAGUAUUGUUUACAUUUGGUUGGUGCCAAGCCAGGUUGCCAACCUAAGUGACAGAAUACACCAAUACACCAAAAGGUAUGCAUUGUCAAAAUCUAGUUAAGUUAGCUAUUAACUUGUAUAUUUAAACCUGUUUGAAAUAACAGACUUGAUGGUUUUACCCAAGACAAUCUUUGUUUUUGGUGAUGGUGGUGGUGGUGGGUUUAAUUGAGACUUGCACUGUAAGGAAAUAGGAAUAUUACCAGUUGUGCUGGUCAGGCAAUUGCUGUUUUGCUGUUCAAGCAAUUACUGUUGUUGCCAUGCUGGCAAUUACCACUGAAUUGUGCUCCCAUUUGCUGUUUUUGCUGCCUUCAUUGUUAUAAAUAGUUUUAUGGGACAGAGGCAAAUGUAGUGUUUUAUCAAAUUUUAAUUUUAUUUAGUGUAGUUGUAAGUGGGACCCUGUUAAACAUCACUGCUUAAAUAAACCCUCUGGUAUAGAGGUAGCCAACCUAAUGAAGCAUUUCAUCAAGAGAUUUUAGUUCAGAAUCUGCUGAUUGUGUGUAUUUUGAACCAUGAUGUAGGUUGUAUUAUAUAAAGACAAUUGGGUGUUGAUAAACAUUUAGCUGCUACAUUAAGCUAUUUAGGUGACUAUGAGGAACUAGUUUUGUUGAUCUGAUUCUCUUGCUGAAAUUUAGGCUUUAAAAACAAAUAUUUGUAAAUUGGAUAAAUGUUUAGUAAAUCAUGUGACAUGUAGUGGACUAUUAUUUAAUCUUUGGAGUGCUUGUGAAACUUUCACUCUUCAAGCAGUUAUAUUAUUUAACAGCUAAAGCCAUAACCAAUAUUCCACUGUUCUUUAUAGCAACAAUACCAAAUUGAUGCUGCUUUGCAGGUUCUAUUGAACUUUCUUUACAUUCUAAGUUCAAAUGCCACCGGGGUUGACUUUGCCUUUCAUCCUUUCAAGGUCGAUAAAAUAAGUACCAGUGGAGCAUUGGGGUUGAUGUAAUCAACUUACCCCAUACCCUCAAUUUGCUGGCCUUAUGCCAAAAUUUGAAACCAAUAUUCUCUUUAAUUAUUCCCAGGAGAAUGUAUUUUUUAUCUAUGCCUUGUCAUUUUUCAUUUUCAUUUUCUUUAGAAAACACACUAACAGAAUUAUACAGUAUUUGGAUCGUCCUACAAAAAAAACCAUUGUAAUUGUAGGAUUUGUGAGCAAUUAAUAUAUUUGUAAUAUAAGAAUGGCAGAAGAUGGUGAGCUGACAGCAUUAUUAGCACACUGGAUAAAAUGCUUAGCGGCAUUUUGUCCAUCUUUAUGUGUUGUGUUCAAAUUCUGCUGAGGUUGACUUUGCUUUUUAUCCCUUCAGGGUCGAUAAACUAAGUACCAGUUGAACACUGGCGUUGAUGCAAUCAGCUAACCCCUCCCUCGAAAUUGCUGGCCUUGUGCCAAAAUUUGAAUUCAUUUCAAACCAAUAUAUGAGUGGCAGAAACAGUAAAGUACCUACUAGCAUAUAUUUCAUCUCUUAGCAAACCAAAUUAAAAUGCCAACUUCUAGAGUCGUUAUAAGACGUACCAGUCAUAUACUGAGGUUGGCUUUACUUUGCUUUUAGAAAUUUGUGGGCUUGUGCCAAUACAAGCAUUUAUAUUUGCAUUAAAGGAACUUCAGUUUCCCAUUUAUUUGUACAGUAACUAAAUUUACCAUUCACAAUUAUAUAGUUACUGAAGUCCUGGCUUGCAGUAGAUUAAAAUGAAAAUAAGGACUAGGUUCUUGUAUAUUAAAUUAUAAUUUUGGUGACCUGUUGGUACUUUAGUGUUACACUCUACAUCAUUGAUACAUGAUAUACCACAUCAUUACUAUAAAGAUAAAUUCAGUUCACAACUACCCUCUUAAUUCAUCAAAACUGAUAAUAGAGGUCAUGAGGUCUUGUGAACUUUGUAAAAAAAAAUCCAGUUUUGAUGUAUCACUAUUUUCUCCAGAGCAUAUGAUUGUUACCUGAUGAUAGCAACUAUUUCAAUUUUCCUGUUGUUUUCUUUUCUGUGUGGAAUUGGGUGAAAUGCUUUUUUUUUCUUCUCUCUCAAUCACAUAUUUUUUUUUCAUUGAACAUCAUUAUUCAUUAUCAAAUUUUCAAAAUAUGUUGUUAAAAGAUGAAUUUGAAGUUUGUUGAAUAUAAAUGAAGAAGAAUAUUAAUCAAAUCAUUUUGUAAACCAAUGUAAUUUAGCCAUCUACAGAUAACGAGGUCUAAAUAUGAUUGAUUAUAUAUAUAUAUAUAUAUAUACAUAAAUGUAUAUACAUAUAUGAAUAUAUAUAUAUGUGUAUUCUUAAACAAGAAUAUUAUUGACAGUAACUUCAAAGUUUGGGGCAGUGAAGCUGUUGUUAGAUGAUGGCUUAAAUGGCUGAAACGUGAAGUCAUUGUCAAUAGUAUUCUUGUUUAAGAACAAUAAAUUUGUACUCUAAAAAAGUAUAGAGUUACCUGUCAGAUUAUUGUCAAAUUGUUUUUAUUGUAACUGAAAACAAAAACAAACUUUAACAUAUAUCUGUACCUAUAUAUCUAUAUGUAUAUAUAUAUAUCUAUAUAUAUAUAAAUAUAUCUAUAUGUAUAUAUAUAUAUGUAUGUAUACACUUACACAUAUACCCUUGAAAUAUGUUAAAAAGUAAUAACUAUUCUCUCUACGCACACUCAAAUGACUGUUGGGCUAUUUUGGUGGUAUCAUUAUUGUAAACAAGAACACAUUGAUGAAUUUAACCAGUUAUUUAUUCUGUGCAGCUUUCAUCUCCUUAACUCAUUCUGUUCACACAAUUUCCUAUUUGUUUUGCUGAAUCCUAUUCUCAAAGAAUUCUCCUAUUAUUUGUUUCAUCAUACUUUCUUCAUUUUCCCCCCUCUUUUUUUUAAAGUUGGAUGUCUUAAUAAUUGUAGUUGUAGUCGGGAGUUUAGUUUGAAAUAGUCGAGUGGUUCAGUCGUGUAAUAAUAAUAAUAAUAAAAAAAAAAAGCUUUUGAUUUUAGUUUGAGUUGGUGUGACUUAAAAGACUUACCACAGCUGUUUUAUGGCAGCACUGUACACAGACAGAGGGUUUAAUGUUAAAGAGCCAGUGAGUCGUUAACCCAAAUUUUGUAUCUAUUGUGAUACAACAAAACUGGUAAUAUAUUUGUUGACUGCCAAUAUGUUAAAUUGUAAUAGUGUUGAAAAAGAAAAAAAAAUUAAUUUCUUUUUAAUCUUGCUUUGACUUAAACCAUUUACUUUACAGGCCCACAAACAAUAUCUGCUAGAAACUAAGGUCAAAAUUACAAUUUAAUUUGCUUAGGCAUUCCUUAGAAUAAUUUAGUUUCAUUUUAGUCACACCUAAAACAUUCCAUUUGUAUAAAUACAACAUUUUUAGUCUGUAAAAUGUUUCCUAAACAUUACAAUAUUUGUAUUUCAAUCAUUCCAUCAUAGAAGUGUAUUUGGCUUCAACCAUUCCUUGGUCUAAAUCAAAGAAUUGACUUUGAACAUUAAGCAUGGUGUGAAAAUAAUUAUAAAAUCUUGACCAUUCCAUGAUCCAAAAUAAACAUCAAAUCUAGCAGGUAACACACAUAGGAAUCAUUGUUUGAUUGGGCAUAACCUGUACUCUUCUAUCAUUUAUGCACACAUAGACACACACACACACACACACAUAUAUAUAUAUAUAUAUAUGUAUGUAUAUAUGUGUGUGCAUGUAUGUAUAUACUUACACAACUGCUUUCGAAUCUGGUUUAAUAAUGUACCAUUUUAAAAGAAAUCUACCAUUCCUAUAUCUUAUAAAAGAUCACUGCUGUCACCUUAACAAUUUAGGUAUUUCUUUAAAUAUUACAAUCCAGUUUUUAUUUGAGAAAAAUUAAAGCAAUAAUUUUAUUAGAAUUAAUAGUGAAAGAAUAGAUUGCUUUUUUUUUUCACUCAGUUAUCAAAACUCUGUUUCUGUUGGUUCUUAUGUGUUUGAUAAUAUCUAUUGAGAUAGCAAGGAAAACAUUUAUUGAAAAAAAAACCCAAUAAAAUUAUGAAAGAAUUCCAAAAUUGUUGAACUUAAUAAAUCCGACAGUCAUGUUUUAAUACUUGGAUGGCUAUUUUUCUUUAUAAUUUUGUACAUUUUACAGUUGUGAAAAAUGUUAGAUCUUCUAUGUUAUCAUUUCCUGAAUAGCUUAAGGUUACCUUUCUAUAUUUUAUUCUAGUUAAGUCUUAAAAAAUAGCAAAAAAUUUCUUCUUAAACUAUGAUAUUUGGGUUUAUUUUUCAUAUCUACUGCCAUCUUUGUUAAUGUGAUAAUGGUGUAGGGUGAUGGAAAAUGGUUUCAAAUUAUCAUGUUGUUUCACCCCUCAUCUGUUUUGUAUGGGGAGAUACUUAGUGUGCUUGCCCUGGCCUGCUGAACACUUACGUAUCUUAUCAUUUGAUCUAUCCUAUGUGUGCCUCUCUUUUCCAGAAAUGUUCUUUACUCAAACAUUUUCAUGAACGGGUAAAAACCAAGAAAAUAUAUUGUUAUUAGGAUAAUCAUAGUUACAGAUGGAAUAUCUAAGCUGUUAUAAAAUUUUUUAAAAAUCAAAAAAAAAAAAAACCAAGAACUUAAUCUCAUCUUCAGAACCAAAUAAAAAUUAUGCUUAUUUGAAUAAAUUUUCACAUUUUCUCAAAUCAUGGUUUGUAGUUAUGAACAAGAUGCACACACAUGUUAUAAAAUUUUAGUUUUAGUUCAUAUAAUAAUAUUUGAAUCAUGCUAAGAAUUGAAGAACAAAAAUAAAAUUAUGUAAUUAACCAGUUUUAAUUCUGAAACUAUUUAGAUAUUUGCAUUUUAAGUUUAGGGCAUCUUUUUGAUAGAAGUUUGUAGGCUGUGAAAAAAAAAAAAAAGUUGUUUUAUUAAUCUGCUUCUGGUAUCUACAAAAUGCUUGAGGUUUUUUUAACAAAAUUUUUUUCAUUAGUACUUUGCUUCAUUGCCUGUUAUAUCAAUCUAUGGCUUUGAUGUCUCCAUAACUGAAGUUACUGGCAUGCAAUGUCUCAUACUCUUUACUGAGAGAAAGAACUUUGUGUUGUGUUUAAAUCUAAAAAAAAAAAGAAAAAAAAAAUUUUUUUUACCUUCAUGAAAAGCAAUGCAAUCUCCGGAGUUCAUUUUUUUCUUUAAAAAUGGUUGGAAUUUCUUCCUCUUGUUACCUAAUGAUUGGAGCUUUUUUUUUUUCUUUUGGUUUUAGGAGAUCUGCUCUAUAUUCCUAUUUGUGCAGCACAUACAUAUCUUUUUACUGGAUCCUAGUGUCUGCCAGUAAUCUUAUGUUCGCCCCAAGAAUUUAUCAUCUGUAUCUGGUGUCUCUAAGCUUGAUAAAGUUUGGUGUGCGACACUGUUUGUUAUAUUCUUAGGUUGAAUUCUUAAAGAAAAAAAAAAAGAAAAUGGUUCAAAAUAAUUUCUUUCAAUAAAACAAUAAAAAGAAUACAAACAGUAUUUCUUUUUUUUUUUAAGUUUUGUCUCCAUUUGCUGUAAUUGUUAGGACUGCUCUGAUAGUUUUAUUAAAAAAAAGUUACUGGGUUUAGACAUUAAUAUCACUUUUUACACAGAGUUUUUCAUAUUUCUAAAAAAAAAAUCAACAAAAAUGUUUUUAAUUAUUAUCUUUUUGUCUUUUUGAUUACUUCAUUGGACUAUUUAUAAUGACAGAAAACUGUCUUUAUUUUAAACUAGUGGAAACUAAAACUUUUUGGAUUGUUUCCUUUGUUAAACAUUUGUGUCUAUCUUAUUCUGUGGAAACACAGCCCUUUCUGGCUAAAAUAUUAAUGCCAGCAUUUAAGCAAUACCUGCUUUAAAUUGCUAACGGGAAAUAUAACUUGAUGAUAAAAUGUAUUUUGACUUUUUGAAAGUCAUUUUUUUUCUCAUUAACAUUUUUUCCUUAUUAGUUAUUAACAAAGCAUAUAAAUUACUUUGGAGUCUUGAUAACAAUGAGAUUUUGCGAACCUACUCUAAAUGUUGUCAGUUUUUUUGUUUUUUUUUGUUAUUGUUAUAUUAAAAUGUCUAAGCUAUCUCCCAAAAGUUUAGACAGGUAAUGGUAUUUGUAUUUUUCUGUGGUUUUAGUAAACUAUUCAUUUUACUACUAUAAAUUCAUGCACGCACAUCUCCAUUUAUUUAACUAAUUCUGGAGCGUGUAUACAUUAUAUACACCAGUACGCAUUUAUAUGUUAAAUUUUUUAAGUGUUUCAAACUGAAAAAUGUUUUGUGUGAUUUGGUGCGACUAAUUUUAUUACAGCUUCUUUUCCUUAUACAAAUGGUACUUGAAAAUGUUUUUUUUUUCUUUUUUAUGUCUCCCUUUACUUGGACAGUAAAAUGUUUUUAUUAUAACUACUUUUGUUUGUUCCAGGUCUAACAAAUCCCUUUUAUCAUCUUUGUAGUUACCAUCUAAUGUUAGUUACAUUUUAGUUCUUCAACUGGGUUGCAACUUGCAAACCAUACCAUUAUUCAUUCAGUACUACUCCAAACAGAAAUCCGUUCCAAUGUCCGGCAAAGACUGGAUGGUGCCAGUUCUGCCAUAUUUCCAUUCCUGAAAGCAGAAUCCGACCAAUUUAUGAUACUUGUUAACUUUAUUUUUUGUCUGUUGAUGUUAUCCUUGGAAAAAAAAAAAGAGAAAAAAUCUGGUCUGAAUAGUUACCAUUAGUUACUGCUGAAUACCUAACGCAUUGACUGCAUUUUGUACCAACUUUUAGUAACAAACUACAACAAACAAAAUCAGAAAACCAACCAACCAACCAACCAAUCCUUUCUAAGUGUAUUUAGUCACUGUUUUUUUUUUUUAAAUUUGUUAUAUUCCUUGAUCAUUGAUUACUAAAAGCACUAGUUGUGUAUGUUUCUAUAUUAUUGUUGUUGUUGUUAAAAAAGAUGAAUUUUAAAAUGUGGACUUGUUUUUUUCUUUCCUUUUUUUUUGUCCUUUUAAUACUUCAUUUGGUUUUGGGUUUAUAUAACUGUCAACUUAAUUCUUCAGCCAAACUAUCAACGCUUUUAAAAUCAGUUCCUUGGACAACCUGUCAAUGUUGACUCAUUUCUAUAGCCAUCCCGUUGACGUUAUUUCCUGUCGAUGUUGCUAUAGAAUCUAUAUCACAGUAUUAUAAAUUUGGGAUUCAUUAAAACGACAGUUUUU